AUGAGUUCAACCAAAACAAUUGGAUAUACAGAGGAAAUUGACACCAACCCAAUUAUGGAUUGUGUUGAAAAUUGUUUUCCUAUUAUUAACAAUGGAAUGCAGAGUGUUCAGGAGUAUUUGAAUGAAAUGGAUAAACAUGUAUCCAAACUCGGUAAAGAGACUAGGGCCGAUUAUUUGCAGUUUAAACGAGAUGUAGUCUCCAUGACCACCGAAUGUGAAGAUGUAUGUGCAUCUCUGAAAGGUAUAUUUGAUAGUCUGUUGUCGAUGAUUGAACGUUACGAACAAGGGAUUUUUGAUGCACAGGAUUGUGAAAAUGCAAUAGAUUCACAGAUGAAAAAACUCAGUGACGAAUUCGCCAAGUUGGAAAACGUUAAAAAGUUAAUCGAUGAAUCCACACAAAAGUGUUCUAACAUUUCACAGGAGUUUUAUAAGUAUCGAAAGGAGUUUGACAAGGCUAAUGUUUGUAAAUUACUUGGAUCGGCAGUUGGUUUAAUCUCUUCGAUGGCUCUUGUUGGGGCUGGUGUUAGUGUGGUUAGUUUAGGUUUGUAUAUUGCUUUUAAUCCGGGAGUAAACAUCCCUAUCGUCUCCCAGGCAUUUGGGGCCUUAACUGUUCAACACGGCAUCGGCAUGGUAUCAGCAGGAACUACAGCUGUUGUAGCUUCAGCAACAGUUCUUGUUGUUUCUAUUAUAAAGAUGAUUGAAGGCACAAAUGAUCGAACAGAAUUGCCAUUG